UGAUUAAAGCUUUUAACUGACUUGGAGAAGAGUAAAACCCUACAAAAUACCAAUUUGUCAUCUUCUCCUUUCAUCAUCAUCAUCAUCGUCGCGUCUCCUCCUCGGUAUCCAGUAAAUACAUAUGUACGUGUGGGACAAAGGAGAAAAGACUCUGUCGUAACACCGCUCGUCGUUCAAUCCUCAUUCAACUCUUCCUCACCGUUCGAUGCGCAACAAGGUUAUCAGCUUGGUGAAUUCCUCCUCUUGCUCAUCACCUUUCGGCCCCAGCAAGUCGAACAAGUUGAACUCUGGGUGGCGAGGAGACGAUAUUCUUGUUUAGCAAGUCCCAACCUUCUCCUUCCCUUCACUUUCACUCCAAUCAAGAUUCAAUCUCCAGUGGAAUUGGAAUGACGAGAUUCACAAAGCUCCUGGUGAACACAUAAUUUGGCGAAAGUGAAUACACGUUGUUCAGUUUUUAUUAGCGAUACUUGACAUACAGCUGCAGACACACAUAGUACAACUCGUUUUCCAAGUUACACGCACAUCUCACCCAGUAAAAAGAGUGCAAUAAAGUGAGACGUGGUGAACAAAUUUGCCCACGAGGGAGAAGGCAAGGCAGUCUUGUUCCACAUAUCGGAGGUGGUAGUGGUGGCAGUGGUGAGCGAAAUUGAGACUGGAUGAGGAGUAGAAUUAUGCAGCAUGUGAGACACAGCUCGCCCGAUGCGAGAAGAGAAAGUUGAACACUUGUGUUCCCCUCAAUCUACAGAUUAUACGCAUUGCAUUGUUCUAAUACGAGAAGACGAGUUGUGGGAUGGAUUGCAAACUUAAUGGCAGCAUGUGGCACGGAGCCAGCUAGCACGAGGUUGCUCUAUUACUGCACACGAGGAAAUAACAAUGACCAAGACAGACCACUAACCCGAAGCAAUACGUAAACCAAUUAAACAAGUAUAAUGAUAAAUGCAGCCGUCCUGGUGACCGUGGUCCUCGUGGGGCUCACGCUCCUCAUCGGCGUCUCCAUCCUCCUAUAUCAGCACUACCGCUACCGGAGAAAAAGUGUGGAUUGGGGGGACAUUGCGCGGUACGACACUCCCCUCGAAAUCGGCCCCCUCGGCUCCAACAACUCCUCCUUCCGCUCCUACAAGUACAGCCAACUUGUCCAAGGGUCCAGCAGCAGCUGCAACAAUAACAACAAGCAAGGGGCGGGAGAGACUGGUGGCGUGAACAAUGGGGGUGGGAGGAAGUACAGCAAUUCCCACCUCUACCCCCCACAACGACCUUGUCUUUCUCUCGGCGACAUCGAACGGGACGGGAGGCGUGGUGCGGGAACACGCUCCAGUACAAAAUCAUGCCCGCCCGGCGUGUACACGACGUUGAAACAGGAAUUCCGUGUCAGCAAAGAGCAACAGUUGGUCCAGCCGUACUACUACUAUCGCCAAGUUGUCCACCCCUCCGUUUCCACCAAGGCGCGCCACUCACUCCCAGAAGUCGUUCCAAAUCAGAAUCACAGCCCCAACGCGAGCAAAACCAGCCCAACCAGACUCCCACCAAGCCCACAACACCAGAACCGUAACCUUCUCAACCCAUACGCUCAGAGUAACGCUCAGUAUCAUCCUGCCCCACACACCAACGCCAACCAGGACCACCCUUCCAUCUCACAAGCCAGGCGACACAAGCUCUCCGUCGACUACUGCAUCGAACACGUCUCGAUUCCCCUCUGGUCUCCAGGCAGCAGUACCAAGACCUCACCCACCAGAAGCAGUGUGAGACGACCCCGAUCUUCUCGACGACGGAGAAAGCCACCUCAGCAGCAGCAGCAGCAGCAGCAACCAGAGCAACAAGUCCAGCUCCACUAUCAGCACCCUCACAACAACAAUCCACAGACUGAGAUUGAGAUUGAAAUCGACCCAGCAGACCAAUUCUCACCACCGCUGUACCCACCACAAUCAGAGCAAUAUUAUCCUCCAGUUGGCCAGAGACGCUGCUCCCAAGCAUAUUUUCCCAUAAUUCUGCAAGAAGUGGAGACGCCACAGCUUCCUCGGUCACCACCAAGUCCGGUGCGAAUACACCUCAACAAUCAGCAGCAGCAGUACCAACGACAGCAGCCACCAGCGCAGCAACAGUUGGACCCUCCUGGAACAAUGCUGACCCAUCAAUCUCGCUCACUGCCCACGGGGCCCCCAAUCCCGGGCGCAAGGCUGAACCGCACCUACUCCAUCUCCUCGCAAGGACACAUUGAGAGUGCGGUGAGAAAGGGCCACCGAGGCUCUUCCCCAGCCAUUCGGACGUUUAACCCAGAAGGGUUCAGUUUCGACGUGAACUCGCCACCGGAUUCCCCUCCACCCGUGUAUCACGGGUCCAGGUCACCCUCCCCUCUCUACGUUCGAGCAGCAUCUUUGGACAUAAAUCGGGCCGCAUCACCGUGCCCGUCGCCGCUGGGAGAGUCGAACUUCCACGUGAGCGCGACCCAGCACUCAUCCCACUCCAUGGACGCCUACCCCUCUGGAAAAGUCCCCAUGCUGUCCCCAAACAGUCUCUGCGUCAGACGAGCCUCUCGCUGUCUGUCGCCCCUUUUCAUACCGCCGAUCAGUCCCAAAUCACCGACGGAUGGGAAUUCUUCCUCCUCUCAGCCAUCCGCAUCCUCCACCGGCCCCUUGUCCCCCAUGCUCGGCUCCCUCCAGCUGGAUCUCUAUCUCAAGAAGGAUAUCACCGUGUGGAUGGACAGGAUGGGCAGGAUUUUCACCGUGGGCAAGGAUGGGGCCUCGGGAAAGAAGGAGAAUGGCGGAGAAGUGGCCAGCUUCCCCUUCCCCGCCGUGGGAAAGAUGAGCAAUGGUCACCAUGCGGGGUCCCUCGGAAGGCUUCACUUCCGGUUGAAGUAUGAUCUCGACAAGUCCGACCUCCAGCUCCACGUCAUUGAAGCUCUGGAUCUGGCGAAGGGUGAAAUUUGUGGUUUCAACGAUCCCUACAUCCGCGUAUUCCUGUCUCCAGAGGUGGACACGAGGAAGAGGGAGACGAGCAUCCACCGCAACGAGUCCAACCCAUUCUUUGACGAGCACUUCAAGUUCCCCGUCAGCCAAGACGAGAUCAAGGAGAAGGGCUUGAUGCUACAGGUGCUCGACAAUGACAAGUAUUCUCGAACGGAUGUGGUUGGUGAGGUUUCCUUCGCUCUCGAGGACUUUGACAUCACAACAAACCUCGAGAUUUUUGCGGAUAUUGUCCAGAAUAAAAAGCCAUCUGGAGAGAAGCAGGAGAUCCUUAUUUCUCUGUCCUACUUGCCGUCGGCAGAACGCUUGACCGUGGUUUUGCUCAAAGCUCGUAAUUUACAUCCGCCAGAUAACAAGGACACGAUCGACCCGUUCGUGAAGGUGUAUUUGCUUGGUGGUGGGAGAAGACAGAAAAAGAAGAAGACAACGGCACGGAAAAAUUCAAACGAUCCCGUCUGGAACGAGGCAUUCACCUUCUCCAUCACGUCUGCCAACUUGUGCAACUGCAGCAUUGAGAUAAGCGUGUUGGACCAGUCGAAUGAUCUCAUGGGAAGCCACGCCCUGAUUGGGUCUUGCAUGCUAGGACCACAUCAGAAGGGGUCGGAACUCACUCACUGGACAGAAAUGACACACAACUUGCGUCAGACCAUUUCCAUGUGGCAUGUCCUCACGUGAGAAGAAAGCUAUGCUAAGAAGAAAGGUAGGCGAGGAUUGUCGUGAGGAUGAGAAGAACCUGCACAGGCUGCAUGGACCCUUUAAUGAAUGUUAAGAUGGUGGAUAAACGGGGUAGAAAUUAAAUAUUUUGUGGAGGAGCUUGACGAAUUCGGAGAGUCGAUAGAGGCAGAGAGAGAAAAGAGAAGAGAGAAAAAGUAUAUUGCUGGUCGUCGUGAAAUGCUCUGAACACGAUAAAUUGUCGGAGCAAAAUAAUUAAGUACGAUUAAUGUAAAUACAAAAAAUAACAAUAAUUAUCAAACUAACUUUUAUCUUACAUGAUUUACUCUGACGAUAAAGUGAUGUUUCUGGUUUGUUAGAGAACCGUUAGUAAGUUUGUCUUGUUUGACAGUGAAACAUCAUUAUUCAACAAAUUCAACUUUAUGUGCGUCUGUCACCAUAUUUUGUACGUUACAUGACGUCGAUCGAGGAACGAUUUUAUGCCAAAAGUAUUACCUACGAUGCAGGUAAAAAAACGGAGUAACAUUUAUCUUGUAAAAAUAUUAAUACGUACGUACUCGAUGUUAAUCUCUAAUCAUUGUACAGUGGAUUGACAACAUGCUUGUUGUCAAUAUUAUUAAUUUAUUGUGCAUGUGCGAAGGUGGUAAAAAAUGUUCAAUGUUUUUAAAGAUAUUUAGUGUAAUUGCAUAACUUAUAUGUAGUUGAUUCACAAUCAAUUCUUUGUAAUCGUCAGUGGUGAAAAAUCAUUCAUUUUCUAAGCAACCUAUAUUCAUGGUUGGAACCUAGUUAAAUUCAUUCACAAGUAUUUUCGUGGUGUUGUGAUUAAUCAACGUAUUAUUGAGGAAUUUCUCUAUUUCUGUCCUUCAAGAUAUUCAGAUUUUAUAGGUUAAGAUGCUACAGAUGUACUUCGUAUUGAUUGUUUCUGCAGACUCUGCAGACUCUGCAUAUAAAAAUUUAGACAAAAUGUGGAUUAGAUGACCACCAAAAUACAUAACUAAAUAUUUACGUACUUGUGACCAAUCUCAAAAAAAUAAUAAUUUCAUAAGCACCUUACACUUGAAAAGUCAUCUAUUAUGUCCGAGAAUAUUAUUAUUAUCAUUCCUAAUUUGCACCUUGUAUGUAGCUUAGUCGUAGUUUAGCUGAAUGGUGAAAGUGAAGUGAGAUUGUGGAUAACUGAGGGUACAAAUGACAAUUAAAGCAGCGACCUGUUCUCUUUGUGGUAUACGGUGAUGGAUCAAAAUCUAACUAAAUUCUCCUCUAUUACAUAAAUUCAUAUAGGAUAAAAAGUAACCAAUCUUAUUCAUGGAACGUAUAUUCAAAUUUACGUAAUUUACCACGUAGGAUUUUGACUUUAGUUUCGUGGAGUCGAUAUUGUUAACCAAACUGGUUGUAAAAAAACUGUUUAAUAAAAAAAGUUUUAAUUUAAAAUUG